AUGAGUGCUAGUGUUGCAGAGGAUAUAUCAGACAGAGAAAUGAUUGAAUUUUCAGAGGAUGAACAUCUAACCUUCUUUUUUAAUAUUGAUCAAGUAACUAAUCAAUCAAUUCAAAGGUAUAUGGUGAGAUCCCAGGAGUUAUAUAAAAUUAUGGCACUUUUGCAUAAUCACUUUAAGUUUGUCGCUAGCUUUCCAAUCUCAUCAUAAAAAACUCAAUAGCAGAGGCAUAAGAGAGAGUAAGACACUAAUAUUACUAAUAAAGUUCAUUGUCAGAAAUAUUCCAAUUAAUGCCAUAAAUGAAAUUGAAGCUGAAACCAAACUAUUGUUGAAUGCUAAAUUAAAUGAUGGAGGGAUUGAAGUUGAAUCUUGUGAUUUAAUUGAAGAUUAAGAACCAGUAUUUUAUUAUUCAAUAUUAAGGUACCUAUCUUUUGUGAUAGAUGGAGAAGAAACAGAAUUUAAAUGAUGAUUGGUAUUUUAUAUCAGACUAAAUCAUAUAGAAGAGGAAACUCAUGAGAAUGAACAAAACGAUGAAAAAUUAACAACUGAUCCCAAUAAGAACAUUUCUAAAUCUAGACUCUAUGAUACAAAAAAAUAAACUGUCCGACUUCCAACAACACCACAACCACAAAACCAGAUUGAAUCUAAAAUAAUCUAAAUAUUUUAAGAAGAAUAUGAAGAUGAAUUUGAAGAUAAGUUAAGAAAUGCUAAACUCUAUGAAAUGAAAAAGAAAAAUGAAAUUGAAUAGAAGAAAAAGGAAGAUAAAUUACAAAGCUAGGUAAUUAUACAAACAUAAUUUGAGAUCGAAAAAAAAGAUGGAGGAACACAGAAAUACACUUAUGAUUUUGAUGGCAAAAUCCUAUUGGCCAGAGCUGUUAAAAUGGAUAAACUGUAACCUACUAAUCAAAAAUUGAAAGUGGAAUUCAAAGAAUCUUCAAAGCCUGAUCAAUAAUAAUAACCAACAAAAAAAGGAGGAAAGAGAGAUUCUACCAAAAUUAAUAAGCCAUUGUGUCCUGAAUAGGAGAUACCAAAUAGAGUAUAUUAUUAACACAUAAGGUUUUAUAAGAACGCAAAGAUGCUACAAAAGAAGUGAUAGGAGAUAAAGCAUUAAGAAUUGACAAAACAUCACAAUUUCCUUAUGAAGUCUUCACUAUGAAUAAUGGAGUUAAAUUGUACUUUGAGCAUAAAAUGAAGGAAGGAGUAAGACAUUAAAUAAGUGAUUCCGCAGAACAUUUACAAUAUAAAUUAUCAGGCUCAAAUCUACUCUCUGGAGAUGAUGCUUCUUAAUUUGCUUCCUAAAUUAGAUUAACCAGAGCAGAAUAUUAAUUGAUAACGGAUGCCAAGACUCUCUAAGCAACCAAAUCCUAGUUUAUGCCUAGUGAAACUAUCAAUGUUCCAGAACAUGAUCAAUAAAAUACUCAAUAAUCCAUUCUAUUAAAGAAAAAAUUAGGUGAAAUUGGAAAAUCUGAGCUCCCUUAAGAUAACAAAUAAGUUUAGUUUAACAUUGGAUCUAACUCAUUACAACCUAUAAAAAAAGAAUUGCCUUCCUAACAAGCGUCUCAAACAGAACGAAUUCAAUUAAAGAAUGUCAAAAUGAUGGAAAAUUUAAUAGUAACUGCACUACCUGAUACUCCUAAAUCAUCCAAAUAAGAAGCUCCUUUACCCUAAUUACCAGAUGGAGUUUCAAAGUAAUUACAAUUCUACUCUUAAUAGGAAUCCUAUUGAUAUUUUCAAUUAAUAGUUAUUAACCUAAAAGGAAUGGGGUAAACAAAUGGGAGGUAAAACUACUUACUUUCCUCCAGUUCGACAACAAAAAAGAUCGCUAGAAACAAAAGCUAAGAAAGGAAGUUUAGAAUAAAUGUAAUAUCUAUCCAUUUAUAUUUUUAAGGUAUAAAAUGCCCAGAGAAAGAUUAGUAGCUUAGACUGGCAGAACAGCUAUGAACUUUUAUAAAUCCAAUUAGGACGGUAACAUAAUAUAUGCUACAUAAUUAGGAUAGAAGAAUAUAACAAAAUCUCUUAGUGAGGGAUUAAUGUAAACAUUUUAUACCACUCAUUCUAAAUUUAGUGAUAAACUUAGAUAAUGA